AUGAACCUUGAAAUUUGCAACCGUCUAAGCACAAGAAACAACAGUAUUUGCACGAAUUAUGAAAGAAUUAGCAAUGACCCUAUUGUGUGUGUCAAUGGAUUAAUUCCUAGAUCAAUGAAGAUUACAAAGUUGAAGUCAUUGUGGAGGAAGAUCAAUAGAGAAAAGAAGAGAAGAAUAUUUAGAUCAUCUUCACAUGUGUUUCUAUAUGAUCCUAGCUCUUACAUACAGAAUUUUGAUGAUGGUUAUAUCAGUGAUUCUGAUAAUUUUUCAUUGUUAUUCUCAGCUCGAUUCACGCCAUCCAGGAUUCUCGAGAAGGAUAUUGAAGUGAUUGAUGAUGAAGAAAUAUUUUAUAUAAACAAUGACAGCUAG